GCCACGCUACAGGCCUUCUACUUAAAGUACUUAGCCCAUUGCGGGCACAAAGUACCUCGGUGUAUGCGUACUAAGUACCCUAGGUAGGCACCGUGUAGGUGGCCUUAGCGCCAUUACGGGCCGCAACCAACCAACUAAGCGUCGCAACACGCUGAUUCAUCUCGCAUUCACGAGGUCGACGCAGAACACCUUCCUUCUACCCAGGCAGUCUGUGGCUUGUGGCACCCGAACACGAAGUAAUCGCCCGUCAUCUGUGUCCUUCGGCCAUACGAUAGACUAUGAACCUUUCCACCUGACACCACUGCCCUGCGACUUCCGGGAGAUCGCCACGACAGCCAGCCAGCUUGGACGGGCCAGCCUGUCCCUGGACGCCGGCAACGCAUCCUCGCGACUGCGCUCGAAUCCAACCGCCUUCUUCAACACAACCGCCCUCGAAACACCGACCCAAUGCUGCCAACAUACUCGUCCUCCGGCUCCAAGGUGGUGCCGAGGCAUCAUGCCGGUGGGUAUGCUGCCAGUAACGGGUAUCCAAGGAAUAAGGACUUCUCCUUCGACAUGUCACCACACCGGUUUCAACCACGAGGGACAACACCAGCAGCCCGGCGGCGGCGACGACUGUUGAUACGACUCGGCAUAAUAUUGGCGAUUGCGUUCUUGAUCGGCGUGUUCGUAUGGCCUGGCGGAGGGGUAUCAUUUGCGUCGCUAUUCUCGUUUGGUCUGCUUUCAGGCGGUGAGGAUUUCCAACUCGAAACUGUGCGGUAUUACGACUUGUCCAACGUUCAGGGGACCGCUCGCGGCUGGGAGCGCGAAGAACGCAUCCUCCUGUGCGUGCCACUCCGCGAGGCCGAGAACCAUUUGCCAAUGUUCUUCUCCCACCUACACAACCUCACAUACCCACAUCACCUGAUAGACCUCGCCUUCCUGGUCUCGGACUCACAAGAUCGCACACUCGAAGUGUUGACGGAGAGCCUGGAAGCACUGCAGGCUGAGGAAGACCCUAAAAUGCCAUAUGGCGAAAUAUCAGUCAUUGAGAAGGACUUUGGGCAAAGCGUCAACCAGGACGCGGAAAGCCGGCACGGUUUCGCAGCGCAGGCGAGCAGGAGAAAGCUGAUGGCCCAAGCAAGAAACUGGCUUUUGAGUGCGGCUCUACGACCCUACCAUUCGUGGGUCUACUGGAGAGACGUCGAUGUCGAAACUGCCCCAUUUACCAUCCUCGAAGAUCUGAUGCGUCACAACAAAGACGUUAUUGUUCCUAAUGUUUGGCGGCCGCUUCCAGAGUGGCUCGGCGGAGAGCAGCCGUACGACCUCAACUCAUGGCAGGAGUCGGAGACUGCCUUGGCCUUGGCGGAUACCCUAGACGAGGACGCCGUCAUUGUCGAAGGCUACGCCGAGUAUGCGACGUGGCGGCCCCAUCUGGCCUACUUGCGAGACCCCUACGGAGAUCCAGAUAUGGAGAUGGAGAUCGAUGGGGUAGGCGGUGUCAGCAUUCUGGCCAAGGCUCGUGUGUUCCGAUCGGGUGUACACUUUCCGGCCUUCAGCUUUGAGAAGCAUGCAGAGACCGAGGGCUUUGGAAAGAUGUCCAGGCGAAUGGACUACUCUGUCGUCGGUCUGCCGCAUUAUACUAUCUGGCAUCUGUAUGAACCAAGUGUUGAUGAUGUUAAGCGCAUGGAGGAGAUGGAGGCAGAGAAGAAGGCAGCAGAGGAAGAAGAGAGGAAGAAGAAGGAAAAAGAGGCCAGGAUCAAGGAGGAGUUCAGCUUCAGUGACGCAAAGGCGCAAUGGGAAAAGGAUAAGGAGACUAUCGCCAAGAACCAGGAAAGACAGGCUGCGGACUCUGCCGAAAAGCCACGGAAGUCCUCGAAGCCUGCCAACAAGGUCGAGAAAGUCCCGCAUGGCAGCGACAGAUAAGAGACCGUUGCGGAGGGCAGGCUGCAGAUAGAUGUCUGUCGCACUCGUUCCAACCUGUAUUGACUUUUUUCCCCCUCCGCGCCAAGGGGGGCAGGACUGGACGCUCCCUUCCCAUGUCCAGGACAGCUUGCUACAAACAUUGCGACCGUGGAGAGUGGGAAGCGGGCUGAGUGGAGAUAGCCCUGGGCGUUAUGACAUUGCUUCGGAAGAUAAAAGGGAACUUUGAUUUUCAAUGCUGUAAAGUACCUAGGUAGACGGGAGAGCGCCUAAGGGCACACAUGACCAAGGCGUUUUGAUGGUACGCGUUACGAAAGGGCUCAGCCUGGGCAACAAACAGGCUCCAUGUCAAACAGGAAUUCACGGGUAUAUCUUGACCGCACACUGGUGCUUGCUCAACAACAUCUCUGGGCAGCGACGACGCCGUUCCGAGAGAGAAGCUCUUCUUCCAUCUGCACGUGCACGUAAAAGAGAAACAGGCCCAACUUGUUACGGCAUGGCGGUCAAUCUUGAACGUAAUUACAUUCACUCAUUUUAUUCAUCGCAUUCAACUUAUAUGUGUAGGUACUUGUACACCGUAUAUGCCCAUGGCA